GUACGACUUGAAUUCAUCGCAUUUGCGAGCGUAGUCAACAAUUAAAACAGCGGUAGACUGUCAUUGUCGGUUCACCUGUUCGUAGUUCGUUGUCAGCUUGUAUUUAUUGAACCCGGUGUCUGUGAUAAAGUCCUUCUCUUAGACAAUUCAUCCUGAAUAAAAAAGCGAACGUCCCAAAAUGACGAGUUGUAUUUAUUUCGGUUGUGUUUUGUUCUUCUCCGGCAUUCUGCUGGCAUCCUCCCAAUACGUUGACCCCUGGGAGGUUCGAUGUUACGUUUGCAAAGCGACGGUGCACGAGAUGGAGGAUGAAAUUGCAAAAGUGGAUCCGAAGAAAGUUGCUAGCGUCGGCGGCUUCCGAUUGGACGAACACGGCAAUGCUGUGAGCAAACGGGUUAAGCUAGCCAAGUCUGAAAUGUACUUGACCGAGUUGAUGGAAAAUAUCUGCGACAAACUUGAUGAUUAUGCUAAAGUAACAUACAAAAAGACUGGGAGGUUGAAUGUAAUCAAGUUUAUGAUAGAUGGAGCAAUGAACCCAGAAGUUUCAGAGGUGGAUUUCGUGCAGGAUGGCGAUUUGAAUAAGAGUUUGAAACACUAUUGUUUAGAAAUUCUUGAAGACCACGAGGAAAGUUUCUUGAAGGCUUUCAUGGAUGAAAAGAUUCAAGAUGAUCUGGAUAUAAAAAUUUGCACGGAAACAGCGGGCUACUGCAAAGAUGCACCCAUGCAGGAUGACUACAACUUGGAAGAAGAUAUCACAAAGGAUGAAUUAUGAUUGACUGAUAUGGUGUUUAAGUUAUUUCUAAGUUUCCUGGCUUACAAUCUACACUUAAAACAAAUUGACAAAUCUGUAUAUGCCGGUUGUUGUUGACCUAUUAUAAACAUUUAUAUUUGUUAUAAAUAUUUAAAUGAAUAAAUUGUAUAAGUGAUUUUUAAUAAAA